GUGUUUAUUAUCAAUAAAAGCAAGAAACUCCCCCACCCCAAUUGGAACAAGAUGAGAAGGCAAGAAAAUAAUAAGUCUAUUGGCAUCUUAGAUGAUCACAUUAUCCCUCCUUGUAUAUGUCCAACCUGGAAACUAUACGAAAACCCUUUCUAUAAUUCACUAAAUAAUCCUCUUCCACAGCACAAGAUUCAUCGACUCAAUCUCCCGAUAUCUGCUAGGAAAAUUGCAUCAUCCUUUUGGGAUCUCACCUUUAUGGACUGUGAGGUUGCUGAAUUGAAGGCCAAGGUAGAAGAUGAGCGCAAGGCGCGUAAGAAGUUGGAGUCCAUGAACAAGAAGAUUGCUAGAGAGCUGUGUGAAGAGAAAAAAGGGAGACAAGCGUUGGAGCGUGUAUGCAAAGAACUUGCCAAUCAUAUAUCGUUGGAUAAAGCAGAGAUAAAUGGGUUGAGGAAAGAUAUGGAAGAGGAGAGGAAAAUGGUGCGGGUGGCUGAGGUUAUGAGGGAGGAAAGAGUUCAAAUGAAGCUGACAGAGGCUAAAUACUUAUUGGAAGACAAGUUGUUGGAAUUGGAAAUGUUAAAAAAAGAGCAAUCCAAAACAAGGAACGAGUCUUGUAAUUUUCAUGAUGGAAGAGAAGCUGAAAAUCCACACAUCAAACGAGGGAUCAAAGGAUUUGUGGAAUUCCCAAAGGUUGUGAGAGCUAUUAGUUCCAAAAGCAGACAUUGGAGUACAAAGUUGGAGUGCCAAAAGGCUCAACUUAGCAGAUUAUUACUCAAACAAAAGUCUCCUCCUAUCCCAUCCAAUGCUCUUCUAACAACCUCAUAACAACUUAUUCUCACCCAAACAUGCUGCUAUUACUCAAUCCAAUUUUUCUUCUUCUUUCUGUUACGCCUAGAGAAUCUAUUUUCUAUUCAUCAGUUUUUUUGUGUAUAAUUCUCUGCAACUUUAUCAUCUUAAAGAUUAUUACCACUUGGAAAUUGUAUGAUUAUCGUUACAACUUA